GGAGACACGUAACCAGGGGGAGGAGCUACGGCCGAACAGGGUACCCGAAAAGUACCCUCGCCACACUUCGGGCUCGGUGGCUGAUUACUAAAGGUAAUAGUUGGUGGCGUGGAUAGUAGAGGAACUAACCCGCUGGCCUAGCUCCUCCCCCUGACGGAAAAGGUCACUUAGCCCACUUGAAUCUAGCAUCAACCGCAGAGGACAUCUCGGGUCAACCCCGAACCAGAGCAUUUUCUCAGAGUAUUCAUGAUGGAAAAGGACAGGAGACACAUAACCGAGAACAUCUUAGAUCUCACCCUGGAGAUCAUCUACCUGCUGACUGGGGAGGCUUACACAAUGGUGAAUGAAACAAUAGCCAGCAUCUGCCCCUGUGUGUCAGAAGGAUGGAUCAGGACCCAUAGCUCCAUCACGGUGCCUCCACCUCACUCACUGAUACAUGAGAGACACAAUGACCAGAAGAUCCUGGAACUCACCCACAAGAUCAUUCAGCUGCUGACUGGAGAGGUUCCUAUAAGGUGUGAGGACGUCACUGUCUAUUUCUCCAUGGAGGAGUGGGAGUAUAUAGAGGAACACAGGGAUCUGUACAAGGACGUAAUGAUGGAGAAUCACCAGCCCCUCACAUCACUGGAUGGGGCCAGUAACAGGAAUACCCCAGAGAGAUGUCCACGUCCUCUUUAUUCUCAGGACCAUACAGAGAAGAAUCAGGGAGAAGAUCAGAUUAAUAUUAAAAGAGAAGAUAUACAGGGAGAAGAGACUUAUGUGUGGGGUGAUCAUGGGUGUAAGGAGGAGGAAAUCCCUACAGAUAUCAGCACAGUUCUUGAGAUAUUGGACAUAAUCGUCGGGUCCCUUACUAUCAGAGGAGGUGACAGGACUGGUGGUUAUAUCAUAGUACAUCAGGGCCUUAUCAAUGCCUUUGGAGCAGAUGGACACGAAAGCAGUGAUACCUCAGACGAAUAUCUCCUUUUGUCUCCAGAUUUUAAAACAGAAAAUAACAACAUUGUACGAGAGUCUCCAGAAGACACCUGCAGUACUCUAAAUAUACAUCCAGUGCUUCACAGUGCCGAUAAAUCACCUGAUACAUCUCAUUUUGAGGACUUUUCUAUGGAUAACUCAGAUAUGACUACACAUAGGCCCUCAUUCCGAGUUGUUCGCUCGCAAGGCGAAUGUAGCAGAGUUACACACGCUAAGCCGCCGCCUACUGGGAGUGAAUCUUAGCUUCUUAAAAUUGCGACCGACGUACGCGCAAUAUUGCGAUUACAAACGAGUUAGCAGUUUCAGAGUAGCUCCAGACUUACUCUGCCUGUGCGAUC